GGAGGUGGAAGUGACACAAUUUGUUCCAGUUGCAAAUUUUGGCUAAUCUUCUAAUAAUUGCGUUGUAUAGUUGUGCUUUUUGAGUUUUCAACUGUGUUGUUAGUUAAAUAUUGUAAGCUGCAUGAAAUGUUUUCGUUACGUAGUCAAGGAUUUGCUCUAGGCACACGGGCCGUCCAGCUGUUAGUUCGCGAUAGCUUAUCGGCUGCUAGCCGAAAUCGCAUUGUCAAUAUAAGUGCUAAAACAGGUAUUAGUCGGCUUACAUCACUUGGUCAAAGCAGCUGCGAAAUGUCCAGCAUAAGCUAUCUAAAGCACAAUGGAGAUUUGGAAUGUACCGCUGGAACAAUGAAUGAAGUGAAGCAAGUUAUUAUUCAAAAACUAGGAAUUGAAGUGGGAUACACACCGUUUGUCAGCACUCGAGAGCACCUAACCCAAUAUGCACCGGUAUCAAUAGAUAAAUUACCAGUACGUUCUAUGCAGGAUUCGUUUACUUCAGCGAUUAUUCCAUUGACGACUGAUAAAAUUCUCAAGGACAAAUAUGUCGGAUUUAUGGGAAAUGUUAGAUUAGGUCGCUUAAUGGAAGAUAUGGAUAUGUUUGCAGUGUGGGUUGUCCAUAAGCACGUGCUACUGCCCGAUCUACCAGAAGGUGUCGCUCUUCCUUAUACAUUUGUAACAAUUUUAGUAGAUAAAAUUGAUUUCACUGACUUGGUACCGUCGCACGAUGCUGAUAUCCGAUUAUCAGGUCAUGUAAGUUGGGUCGGAAAAACAUCCGUUGAAAUUGUUGUGUGGAUGGAGCAAAAAUUACAUGGAAAAUGGCAAAAGCUCACACGAGCCUUAUUUUUGAUGGCAGCUAGAGAUGCAACUAACACUAAAGCAGCCCUGAUAAAUCCUUUAGCUCCGGCAAAUGAUGAGGAAAAAGCUAUUCUUACUGGAGGAGAAUCUCGCAAGCAUAGGCGUAUACAGCUUCAAAAAGAAGAUCUGCUUAAAACGGAACCGAAUGAUUUUGAGCAAGGCAUUGUUCACGACUUGUUUGUAAAAUCCAUCGACACCAAGAGUCGUGCAUUCAACAAGCGAAUUCUGCCACCGGGGUACAUUUGGAUGGAGGAUGCUACAAUGUCCAAUAUUAUAUUUUCUCAUCCGGAAGACCGCAAUGCCCACAACAAAGUGUUUGGUGGUUUCUUGAUGCGUAAUGCACUAGAACUCAGCUGGGCUUUGGCAUACAAUUUUGCCAAGCGGCGGCCUAAGCUGGAACACAUUUCUGAUAUCAGCUUUCACCAUCCAGUAGACGUUUCAUCCAUGCUGAAUAUGCAAGCCCACGUUAUCUAUACAGAUCUUCAUUAUAUGGAGAUUGUCGUACUUGCUGACGUUUACGAUGCUGUCACGGGCCAACAAACAACAACAAAUUCGUUUUACUAUACCUAUUCGGUGGCAGAGAGGUUACCAAGCAUAAUGCCUAAAACCUAUCACGAAGCCAUGUACUAUCUCGACGGACGACGAAAAUUCCGCUAUGCAAUGGGUAUCGAUAAACCCAUGGUUGCUACCAGUGAAACUGGAGACAAAAGUAAACUUUAAAGUGAUUAUUGUUCUGUAUGUUGAAUCCAGUAGAAUCGUAUCUUCCUCUUGAUGCGAAAACUAGUGAUUUUAACUUAGCUAUAUGCAAUCGCAUGCGAAAAAGGCGUAUGUAUCUAACGUUUUGCUGUAUUGAUUGCAGCGAAUAUACGAAUUUAAUAUCGUAAGUUUUUCUCUCAGACAUUUAUGUGAAAAUUUAAUCUCAUCGAGAUAUUUAGUUGGUGCUACCUACUUAAGGGUCAAAUAGAAUUUUUUGUUGGCAUAUUUGUCAGUGUUAUUUUUACAGGAUCCGUAGCAAAAUUGUCGAUAAAGCACAAAUAUUAAGGGGGCAUAGUACUUUUUUAAUUCAAAAAAAUCGAAAUUUUUUUUAUUGAUUAUUUCGAAAGAUUAACAUUUUGACCAUAUGUGUUUCAAGUUAUUUCGAUGAAUUCCAAAAAUUGACAAAGUUACAGAUAUUUGUACCGCGCGUGUCUGGAGCGAUUACACAGCGAAUAAAAACUUCAACGUCGUUUUUCUCGAAACCAGGUUUUGAAAGUCGGUACCAUAAAUAUCUCAAGAACGGCUCAAGCAAUUCUCAUGAUUCUUUUUCUGUUUCAAAGCCAACAAAAUUAUCUAGUGUUUGACCCAUCCUUUUCUUGAUAUUACAAUUUUUAUAUUUUUUAUAAAUGUUUAAAGUCAAUUUUUUCGACUAAAAACCUUACUUUUAUGUUUGAAUGUCCGCCAUUCUGUUAUGCGUUCGAAUUUAAAAAAGAGGAUGGAUCAAACACGAGAUAAUUUAAUAUACUUUCAUGUCGUUUUGGAAUUUUUCAAUUCGGAUAAGCCCCCCAGCGCCAAUCCAUGGUACCGUAAAUCAUGUUUUUUUCGAAUGAUCAUAUUCAAGGAGCCGUUGGGGAGAGGGGAAGAGGUUCACAUAUGCAAACAAAAUUGUAAAUAUUAGUAUAAAAUGCAAUGUUUAGAAUGCAAAAAACCUGAAUCGAUUCGCUUUUCGCGUUAUUGAGAAAAAAAUAUUUAAAAUAAGGCAAAAAAUAUGGUGUAAAAAGUACUAUGUCCCUUUAAAUCUGUUUGGCCCUUAAAGAUUGGCAGUUUUACUGUUGAUGUCAAUUAACGAAUGUGCAGACGAUGUAUUCAAGUAUAUAAACGGAUGAGACUUGAAUGGGAAUUAUGUCCUUAAACUACAUAAAAACAAGUUUGUGCAAUUUUGGAGACAACAACAUUUGCUGUGGACGAAGUAGAAGUGGUUUACUUAAGGUUAAGCAAAAUGUGAACAAAAAAACUUCAAUUUUCGCGUAUUAGCAUUGAUAUUACUUCUUAGGAAUUUUUCGCAGCUUAGUCAUAAACACCAGCUUUAAUAUGAAAACGAAAUAUCAGCAUAAUUAUGUAUCCCAAGCAAUCUGAAGUUCGGGUUUUGCCUAUCGCACGAACUGGAAAGUUUAUAUUUAAUUGAAAAUAACUUUCAUGGCAUUUUUGCUAGAAAACUAAAUACUACGCAGACAAACAGUACUUAAUUCUCAAUAAGUAUCAUUAAGAUUAGCAUCAGCGUUAUUAGCAACUUCAGAGUGGAAAUAAAGUAUUUUGUUUUUCAAAUGCGAACUAAAAAAAUGGGACAAAAUUUAGGUUGAUUAAAUCAAAAUUAAUUCGGACUUUUGGUUGCUUGCUUGUUCACUUCAUAAUUUUCUUAAAAUUUAAAAAUGCUGCCUAGCAGUGGGAUUAGAUAUGUAAAUGAACCAAAAAUAAUAACUUUUUCAUUGCUCUCCUGAAGCGCAAAUGAAGUAAACAUAAAACAUGAUACAAGUUACAGAAAAACAACCGGAAAGUAUAAAACUAGGCCUGUGCCUCACAUUUAGCCAGUACAGUACGAAAAUCGUUCGAUAACGUACUCCUCGUACUUGAAGUAGACUGUCAGAACCAUAUACACAGCAAAAAGAUUCGUGACAUUUGUGUGAGUCUAGUGGCCAACUCUGUUUUAACGCUUGAACGUUAAAAUAAUAUUGUGUUAUUCAAACAUUUUUCUAAACUAAAGUGUUUUUUCCACAUAUUGCUUAAAAACUACAUUGGGCAUUUGAGGGUAAUGUACGCUAAACCAGGAGAUGCUUAAGUGUAUUAAAAAGUUUGUGUUCCUUUUGUUUCUAUGUUAUAAUAAACGUUAUUAAAAGUUACUAUUAUGUUUUCUU